AUGAGCUCAAUCCUGAUCUCCCUUGCAGGCAAAGAGAGGAGGAGGCAGCCAGGACUCAAGAACCCCACUGGGACACCUCCAUCCGGUCGAGCGAGUGAUCCUCGCACAGGGAGGAGGGUGACCAGCGCGCCGGUUGAGACGAUAGUUCUGGCGUACAACAAGCCCGUAGGAUUGAUCACAACCCAUGAUGACGAGCUCGGGAGGAAGACGGUGGCACCUGCUAGCUGCGGACGGAAGAGGCACAAGUGGCAUGCGAUCGGCAGGCUCGAUGCAGACACGGAUGGCCUGCUGCUGCUGACCAACGAUGGGGCUCUUGUGCAUCAUGCGACGCAUCCCUCGUCCAAGGUUCCGAAGACGUACAUGGCACUCUGUAGAGGGAUCCUACAGGAGGAACAGAUUCAACAGCUGAGGGAGGGUGUCGAACUGACGGGAGGGUUGGGGACGUCGCUGCCUGCUGAGAUCGUGGUGGAAGGGUUCGAGGAGAACGCGACCUUGCUGAGAAUCACGAUCUGUGAGGGAAAGAACCGGCAGAUCCGGAGGAUGUUGUUGGCUAUCAACUCACAAGUCUUGACACUGACAAGGUUGUCUAUUGGAGAUAUCUCAAUCGAGAAUAUUGACAGCGGCAGGUGA